AUGGCAAUAAGUGACAAGUUGAGGAAAAGUGAUGGUGCUGGAAAAAUUGAUGCAAGAUUGUUCAAGAGUCUUGUUGGUUCACUAAUUUAUCUCGCGAAUACAAUGCCGAACAUUGUUCAAGUUGUAAGUAUGAUCUCAAGGAACAAAGAAUUGGGCAUCAAGUAUGUAAAAAAAGAUCAGUGCAAGCCAACUGGUUAUACCUACAAUGAUUGGGCUGUUUCGUUGGAUGAUAGAAAAAGCACUUCAGGUUAUUUGUUUUGUCUUGGAACUAAUGUUGUUUCAUGGAUUUCCAAGAAGCAAAGAACUAUAGCAUUAUCAUCGGCAGAAGCAGAAUAUGUUGAAGUUACAUAUGUAGCUUGUGAAGUAAUUUGGUUAAGAAGGUUACUUGAAGGUUUUCAACUAGUUCAAGAAGGCGAGCCGCCGAGACCUAUCUCCCUGUCGAAGGCGGCCGCCGUCCUUGCUCGCUUUACCGCUGGCCAGACCGACGCGCGCCCAGACGUCGCCGCCUUCGUUCGCCACGCCUCCGCCGCCUUCGACGAGCUCGUCAUCUUCCACCGCGCAAACCGAGCCGCCCGGAAGCACCCCGAGCUGUAUGUGUCCGAGAACAGCAGGAAGGAGGUGGAGACGUGGAAGAGCAGAAAAAGGAGCAGAGAAGACCCGCAAAUCGGCAAAAAAGCUACCCGUGGAGUCGGAGUCCAUGGUAAGGACGCGAAUUUUGUGGAAGAAGAUGGAAAUGGAUUUGGUAGUCAUGGCGAGAAGAAGAAACAGCAUAGUGGGAAGGGCUUCAUGGAGGAAAGGAACCGUCUUGCUGUAAAGGAGGGGAAGCUUUUGCAUAGCAGUGAUGGUGUUGAGUCACAAGAAGAUGGAAAUGGAAGGAGGAAGAAGAUGAAGCCAGAGGUAGAUGAAGUGAUUCUACACCGAAAUCCGACACAGCACUCUUUUUCUGGAGCAGAAUUGCUGGAGCUGGAGGAUCAGAAAGAUCAUCACAAGAAGAAAAGGAUGAAGAAGCUUCAUUGCUGAUCUUAUUCAGGAAACUAAGUGUUUUACUCAAGAACGAAACGCGUCCAAUUGCGACAUCAUUUCAUUCGAGAUGUUGUGAGCAAAGGAGAAAUCAGCCUGGAGUUUGUUAGAACAGAUGUGCAAUAUGCAGAUUUUCUUAUUAAAACAGUGCACGUAGAGAAAUUUCAGAAAGUUAGAGAUAUGUUCAAGAUUGCAAAUUAAGAGGGGAUGUUGGAAAUGUAAUUUUGUAAUUAUUGUCAAGAAGUGAAUUAGAAUAAUGCAUGUAUCCGUCUAUUUAUAUACUUGAUAAGGUGAAGUGUAUCUAUUUAAUG